GUGAAGCAAGCUGUAUUUCAAUCGUAAAAAUCUAAUCGGAAUUAGAUACAUAAUUUGUUGCGUUAUUAGUUAUUUACUCUGCCGUACUCAAUUUAGCCGUUAAAAAUCAAUAUAUCAAGCUCUACGAUGAGUAUUACAGAAACGACCGCUCUGAUUGAGUCAUUGGAGUUGGCCGGUACCAUGUUGGAACGGCACGACAUUGCUGAUUGCUCAACGCCUGGUUUACUGGAAGUAACUGGCAUUAGACAAUCCGGAGUUGCAACGGCGAGCGGCUUGAAUGAUUUCGAUUACCAAAAUCUGUCCAGCUUAUCGCUGGGGUUGAAAAGUUUGAACCAACUAGCGACAAUCAACAAGAUUCCGAUACCGCCGGAGAUAAUGGAACAUUUCAAACAUAUCAAAUGUCACUGUAUGAUGGGACUUUUCCCGGAAAUUGGUCGCGCUUGGUUAACUAUCGAUUCCGACAUCUACAUUUGGACCUAUGAACAAACAAGAGAUGUUGCCUAUUUCGAUGGUCUCUCACACUUGAUCGUGAGCGUCGGCCUGGUUGCCCCAAAACCGGGUGUUUUUAUUGCAGAUGUCAAAUACCUGCUGGUGUUGACCACGCCGAUUGAAAUCGUAAUUUUAGGAGUGACUUUCGGCGAUUCGAAUGCUUCACCUAAUAGGUCGAUCAUGUCAGCAACUGAGGAAAUGCAGCUAUUGAAUAAGCCUAUAUUUGUGCUGAACACGGAUAACAUUGCGAUCACCUGUGUGGAAGGAACCAUUGACGGACGAAUUUUUCUCGGAGGACGCGACGGGUGUUUGUAUGAAGUCUCGUAUCAGGCAGAAUCGAAUUGGUUUGGCAAACGGUGCAAGAAAGUAAACCAUUCGCAAGGACUGAUGUCGCACUUGGUGCCUGGAAUAUUUAAGGUGUUUUCGGAAACCGACUCAAUAUCGAAAAUAACUGUAGACAAUAAUCGACGAUUAUUAUAUACUUUAACCGAGAAAGGAGCCAUAGAGGCCUGGGAUAUAGGCGCAGAUACAAAUGCAGUUAAGAGGAUAGCUAGAAUUUCCCAAAACGAUAUUGCGUCUGCAGCGGGGAAUAUUUUAAGAACCAUUGAAUCGUCCAUAUUCAAACCCGUCACUGCCUUGUGUGUGCUAUCGCUUGAAGAUUCACCACAAUUCCAUUUAAUAGCUAUAACUCAAACUGGCGUACGGUUCUACUUCUCAACAGUACCAGUACUAUUUGGUGCGCAACAUUCACAACAUCUUCAACAGCAGCCAGGAACAUUCGAUCAACGGCCCCAAGGCCUCUAUCUGCUGCAUGUUCGUCUUCCUCCUGGUUACACUCCGAAUACAACCGUGGGGAAACCAAAGCAGGUUCACUCGGCUUUCUUCAGCCAGGGUUGUUUACUGAUGGUAUCCACCCCACAAGCUGACCAAGAUUUAUUAUGGUCGCUUAGCUCAGAACCUUUUCCCUCUCGUCAGAAUUUGGUAGAAUCAUCAACUGUUAUGACAAUGGAUGGGCAAGUAUGGGCUAUUGCAGAAGUCAAGCCUAAAGAUAAAGUCACCGUGGAGACACCACUUCGUGCUGCUCAAGUUCCUAACAAAGUGGCGUUGCUCACCAAUCAAGGCGUCCAUAUCGUUUCGUUGCUGAAAUCGGUCGAUAUUCUUCAACAACUACUACUUUCCUGUCACGGUCCGCACAACGAAGCCGUUAAAGCCUAUUUCCAGGUGCAAACCGAGCCACAAGCGUGUGCUACCAGUUUGUUGUUGGCCUGCAUUGAAACGCUAAAAGGAACGGAGCUAGGAGAUUGGGCAGCACAAGCUUUUAUUUUGUAUGGCGGUGAGCCGUACUUCGAAAUGGCGCCCUACUUGGGUGCUCAUUCAACAGCGACGCGACCAUUGAGCUUUAAUUCGCCGGCCGGUGCAUAUGCAGAAUCACAACCCGGAGGACCAAGAAUGUAUAUGUCGACGCCGUUUUCCGCUUCCAGACCAGCAUCGUCUGUUCAGCAAAGUCUUAUGCAGCAAACUCAAAUUCCAGCUAGUUCUGUAUCCCCUGCUUUGAGCAACAGUUUCAAUAACAAUCUUCCUAUGACGGCGGAGUCAUCAAAUUUCCACUACUCGGCUAAGCAUGCCGGGCUGUACCUUCACAUGUCCCGUCUAUUGCGUUCAAUUUGGCGCAAACGAUGUAUUGACGAUAAGCUGCACACUACCAUCAGCCAGCAGGACUGCGCCCAAAUCUUGGAGGAUUUGUACGCUAUUAAGCGUUUUUUGGAAUCCAUUACGUUGACUAAUUUGGUUGGCUUGGUUGGAAAAAAUUUAUCCAAUCCUGGUGCCAUUGGAGGUUCCGGGCCCAGCGGUUAUCUCCAUCAACAGCAGCAACAUCAACAAGCAUUAUCAAGUCUCUCCAGUGCUAUUGGAAGUGGCGUUCAAGGUUCCUAUGGACAGCAAAGCUACGGAAGCCAAAACAUACUGACUGGAUCUGGAGUUUCACAGAAGAACACAGCUGAGGAAGCACUGGCUGAAGAGAAAAAGUCGCUAGAUGCGUUGAUUCGUUUAAUAAAACAUUCUUGUGAAGUUUUGGCGUUGUGGAAGAUUCUCUGUGAGCACCAGUGCCAUCUGUUGGUGUCCAAACUAACCAAGGAACAGCAGUCGAUUCUGCAAUCAUGCACGUUUCGUGAUCUCAUACUUUCGCGCUCCGACUUGUGUGGAUUGCUGAUAGUAACUUUGAUAAAUUCUUAUCUAAAUGAUAAUGCCAGCGUGGGCUCGAUUUCGUCAAAACUCCGCGAAGUUUGCCCUAACCUUUACCGACACGAAGAUGCUGUGUCUCAUAAGGCCGCUGAAAUUCUACUGCUGUCUAAAACUUGUACCGAUCCAGACGAGAAGGCAGACCGCUUGAGAACUGCUCUGCAACUGUGUAAGACUGCGGCUCCAAAUCUGCCGUUAAGCUCGAUCUGCCAGCAGUUUACAAAUGCAUCAUUUUUCACCGGUGUCAUUGAACUGUGUUCCAUCUGUGCUGCGAAAAGUGAUCCGAACGAAGCAGCGUUGCAUUUCUAUCGCAACAACGAGCCCGUAGAAGAUCAAGAGGGAUACAUUGCGUUCCAGAAUCGGAUGAGUUGCUACAAAGAAAUCAAACUGAUGCUUGAGCACGUCUACGCUAAUGUUUGCAGCAGUAAACCUAGCAGCAUUUAUCCUUCCUUGGAAAGCGCAGAUCGGGAUAAAUUGGCCAAUAAUCAGCUUAUAUCGAUCAUUAGCCUGUCAUUGCAAAGCCAAGAUCAACUGCUGCACGUUUCCGUGUAUGAGUGGCUGCUGUCGCACAAUCUUUUGGGAGAAUUGCUGGAAGUCGGCGAACCGUCCCUGGGAGCGUUCCUUGGCCGUGCCGUCAGCCGUACACCAGAAAAUCUGGUGUUGGCUGACCUACUGUGGAAAUAUCACGAGCGAAAUGGACAACAUGCAGCUGCGGCUAAAAUUCUCGACAAGUUGGCUAACAUUCCCAACGAAUCAAUGUCCUUACAACAGCGAAUCGAAUAUCUUGCCCGAGCCGUUAUGUGCAUGAGGAGCGAUACUGUUGGCUAUUCAGCUCACAAUGGGGUCCUGCUUAAAGAUCUAGAGGACAAGCUGGAGGUGGCGCAAAUACAGAAGCAGGUGUUCGAUGCUAUGUCGAUUAUUCCCGAUAAAAAUUACACGUCCACUGCCCUAAAAAUGCUCAACUCAACGCUGUACAAUCUGACCCAGCUGUACGCGGAUUUUGCCGAACGAUUCGAACUAUGGGAAUGCAAAUUGACCAUUCUAAAUUGUUCGCAUCAUAACGAUCCACUAUUGAUCGAAUCGGUUUGGACACACAUCCUGGAUAAAGAAUUAGAACGACCGGACAGUAAUACCGAACGAUGCCGUCGGUUACUAUCGAAAGUAAAAAGUUUGGCAUUGGAAUACGAAAGUGCAGGUCAUUGCUUCCCACUCCCGUUCAUCGUGCGUGAGUUGGAACUAAGAUGUUUCCGUUUGAAACUAUUUGACUCACCUGUUCCCGAAGCUUUGAUUGAAAUGAAUCUGGAUAUCGAUGGACUAUUGAACAUUUACGCCCGAUUGAUAUCCAUGAACGAGCGUGUCUGGGUGACGGACGAAGACGAACUGUACUUGGUUAGGUCGACGGCAAAGUUACUGUCAAUAAUUGCCUCUCAACCGAAUUUGAUUCCACUGAAAGAUCGCCGGAAGGUUAUUGCCAAAUCGCAAGAUCUCAUCUCCGCUUGUUUGAGCAUCUUGUAUACCAAACCAGAUGGUCAGCCGCACGUGGACAAUCUUCGCGAAACGCAAUCGAAGCUAAACCGAAUCCACUGCUAGCUGGCAGGAGCGUUCAUUUUGGGUGUUUGACGACUAUAAUAGUCAAAAUCUAUUACGCUGCACUUCUAAAUAAUUAUGUUUCGUAUUACGCCUACCUAAUUUUUGUUUGACGCUACAAGAAAUUGUAUGUAUGAAAGUUAUCACGCGUUUUGAAUAAAAAUAUUCUUGUUG